AUGCCUCCGCGCAGGCGACAGCAGUUCACCCAGGACCAGAUUGACCAGCAGCUCCAGCAAAUCCACCUCCUCGACCCCUCUUCGUCCUCCGAGAAUCUUGAGCAGCUCGGCCCCAUAAUCAAACAGAUUCACACCACUCGACAGCAGGAUGCAUAUCUCAGAACAGUACAGGGUCUCAUCGACUCCAAGGACGCAGAGAUCGAGAAGAUAUGCAGUGACAACUACCAGGACUUCAUCUCCUCCGUCUCCACCCUCUUCACGGUCAAGUCGUAUACCGACAAAAUGAAGGAGAACAUUGCUUCAUUGGACGUCAGUGUCGCUCAGCUCGGCGGCGGCUUGGUUGAGAAAAAACGCGCACUUCUACAAUCCAAGAAGACGGCUGCCAACUUGGACGAGGCUAUUGACACACUCCAGGCAUGCUUGCGCGUCCUUGACGUCGUCGACCGUGUUGGCGACAUGAUCAAGGAAGGGAAAUACUGGAGCGCCCUGAGGUCACUCGAAGACAUUCAGAGUAUGCCUCCGACAUCCCUGUCUCAGACACCCUUUUUCCAGUAUCUGCUGUCCUCAUUACCGUCUCUGCGUGGCCAGAUUAAAGACGCCGUUACUGCAUCUAUGAAGCAAUGGCUCUUGGAAAUUAGAAACAUAAGUGCAGAGGUUGGCCGACUCGCUGUCGAGUCUAUGGAAUCCCGAACGCGACGGUGGCGACAACGGCGUGAAAAGGACCUUUUACUCCGGUCCAACAGAGUCGGGAGUGCGGUCGAGCUUAUCACAUACGAGAAGAUUGAGUUCAAUGUGCUAGAUAACGAGAAGCUUCAUGUGGACUUCAAACCUCUUUUUGAAUGCAUACACAUCUACACCACACUGGAUUCGCUAAACGAGCUACAGAAAUCGUACCAAGCUGACAGAAAGGCUCAAUCCGACCUCAUUCUUCCAACUCCUCUCCCCCUUGCUUCGCUCUCCUCUUUGACACAGGAAAUCUCAGGAUUUUUCAUAGUCGAGUCCCAUGUCCUGGAAACAACCGGGAAUUUCCGCUCGGGAAGAGAUGUCGAAGAGCUUUGGGAUGCGCUCGUUACUCGAUUGACCACAGCCAUCGAGAGCUCCUUGCGUCCAGAAACGGACCCAGACGCCUUCCUGAGGGUAAAGGAGAGCCUUUUGAGCUUCAUCAUGACCCUGGAGACCUAUUCCUACUCCACGACCUCGUUGCAUUCGUUCAUUAUCGUCCUGUUCGAGAAAUACGCCAAGUUACUUGAAGGUCAAUUUACCCUGCGAUUCGAGAAGAUUGUCACCGAGGACGAACAUUAUCCCAUGAGACUAGAGAACGAUAUGAACCUUGAAGAUAUUCUAAACGCGGUCUGGAUAAACGAGAGUGAGAAGGCCGAAAUAAGGGAGACGGCUGGAUCUUAUUCUUUACCAUGGUCGCCAACUUUCUAUCUAUGCUGCCAAGACAUCCGGGCAUUCAUUCAGAAGUUCUAUGCUUUCGUGGAAGGCGUUUCUCAACAUCAUAGAGAUAUCGAUGAGCUCUUGAGCAAGUCUCUCGAUUCCCUUCUUUCAAAGAGCGUCGGCGAGACAAUUGGUCAGCGGCUGGCCACCACCCAAAGUCCUACACAAAUAGUGCAAAUCAUCACAAAUCUUGAGCACUUCCAAGUGGCAUGCGGCGAAUUGGAAAGGUCUCUGACGAACCUCCGCUCUACACAACGAGGUGGCCUCAUUCGGUUUACGGCGGCGAAUGCAUUCGAAGCGACAAUCUCUCGCUCUUGCACACGGAUGAAUUCCCUUAUCUCGUCCAAACUCGAUCAAUGCUUUGAGCUCUCCGAGUACGACUGGACUCCCAACUCAAGAGAAACGUCUCCAAGCAUGUACCUGUACGAGCUCGUCAACUGGCUGACGACCGUCGUCGAUUCCUUGGUCAUUAAAGAGAGCUACAAGGAAGACGCAUAUAAGGGUGCUUUGGGAUACAUCGCGGAGUGCCUUAUGAACUUUCUGACCGGUCAUGACAUACCCAUGAUGAACGAGAACGCCAUUUCCAACAUUCUCAUCGACGUGGACUUCUUGGAAGAGGAACUGAGAAGAAUCGGGCGUUCUCAUUUGGCAUCGGUGUUCAGUGAACUUCGGAUGACAACAUCCAUCCCUCUGAGCGGAACUGUUCAGGAAUACCUUAUCCCAGCCAACAGACAGGCAUCCUAUACAUCAGUCAAGCCGAAACGCUUGCAGGCAUUGCUUGAGAAGCUGGCACGCUAUGGCACCCAACAACGCGAUCCAACCUCACGCGAUUUGGCUGAACGGAGACGGAAAGAGGCAGAGGUAGUUGGGCGGCUUUUUCCUGGUGAAAGCCGUUAA